GGUCUCUGGAUCGCCACGCCUUAUAUGCAGCCACGAGGAAUCUAAGACUAACCCUCGCCUCAGCCUUGCGUGCACGUCGUGCUUUAACUUCCAACCUAGCACACACCUCUGUCCUAUCCCACUCCGCGCUUCGUUCGUAGCCUCUACAGAAUGUUCGCCCGGCCGCGAGCCAGGAAAGGCUUGCUACCUCCGCCGCUCAAGAAACGCAAGGUCCUGCACUCGGUGGACGAGAUCACGUUCGACGACGGCGCCCGCGUCGACUACCUUACGGGCUUCCACAAGCGCAAGCUGCAGAGGACCAAGAAUGCGCAGGAGCAGGCGGCCAGGAGAGCGCGCCAGGAGAAGAUCGAAUUCAGGAAACAGCUACGCGAAGAUCGGAAGAGAGAGGUCGAGGAGCACGUGCAGAGUGUCAACGCGAUGUUGAAGCAGGCCGAGCAGGCGGGCUACGUGGGCGGCGAGACGUCCUCCGACGGCGAGUCGGAGGGGUGGGGAGGCAUUCAGGACAAUACGCCCGCGCCCGAGCCUAUCGAUCACGAGGAGGAAUACGUGGACGAAGAACGAUACACUACGGUGACGGUGGAAUCGGUUACCGUGUCCAAGGACGGGCUGAAGAGCUCUCGGCCUGCGGAAGACGACUCGAGCGAGGAGAACGAAGGGGAGGCGGCGCCAGACGGCGACGCCGAACAUGCUCCUCCGGCGAGCAGAGAGAAGGCUUGGCCCAAGAAGAAGCAGAAGUUCAGAUACGAGACCAAGUCGGAGCGGCGAGUGAGCCAGAGGAAACAGAGAGCCACCAAGAAUAGAAAGAAACCACGUGGUUGAAUUAGUGCAUUCUCUAUCCGUCUCGCACUCGCAGGCUCUGCUCUUGCAAAUACCACGUAUAAGUCCACCAAGAAAUAAACAUGCUUUGCGCGCACCGUGUAACCGAGUCCCCCCCGUCGCGUCCCACCCUGACAUCGCCCAUCUCUCGCGGUAUCGGGGGCGGAGGGCCGGUCGAUCGACUAGGCUUGUCCAGGUAGGGCAGACGUGGUGCCGGUACUGGUAAAAGAAACCCGCAGCCUCCUCGAAACGUGCCGUUCGCCCCGGGAACCCGACUCGCAUCGUGCCGCGGUACCGGCUUCGGCGAAGGCGCCGUCGGCUUAGAUGUUGCCAAGAUCCGCCUGGAGGUCGUCCAUCUCCUUCUGAAGGGCCUGGUGUUUCUUGGUCAUCUCCUCGUACUUGGUCUCCCACUGGUCCCGCUCGUUCUCUAGUGCCUGUACCUUGCGCUCGAAGUGGCCGGCUUUUACGUCAGUUUGGCGUAGCCUGUGGAGUUGGGACGAUCGGUCAGCUGGAUAAUCCCGUGUGUCCUUGGUCUUCUUUCAUGUUUCUUCUCCUUCCCCUGCGCUGGUGUGGGCCGGAUAGGGAGUUUUGGAGGGGCGCAACUUACUUCUCGUUUGUCUCACGAAGUGUUUUGUCGGCUGCCUCAGCUUCUUCCUCCAGCAACUGCAGUCUUCGUUGGAGAGUCUCGUUGUGCGUACCAUGUUGCAGACCUUCAUCAGCA